AUGGCGCCCGCGCCGCGCCGCGACCUGCUCGCGAAAGAGCAUUUCGCACUCGUCUUUGGAGGCGUCAAGACUCAAAGCUACUACGACCCAGCUGCCAAGGGCCCAGGAUCACAUACAAUUCGAACGCUAGCCUGGAAUCCGACGGGCCAACUCAUUGCGACCGGCUCGGCCGAUCGCACGUUACGUAUCUGGAACCCCGAGCGGCCGGCGAUCAAGUACUCGACGGAGCUUCGCGGGCACACAGCUGGGAUCGAAAAAGUGUUGUUCAAUCCUGUCCGCGACGCAGAGCUUGCGAGUUGUUCAACGGAUGGAACGGUCCGCUUUUGGGACGUGCGAUCAAAGACGUGCGUGAGCCGACUCGAUGUCGGCGGCGAGGCUUUUACCAUGUCUUGGUCUGCUGAUGGUAGUACGAUGGUCGUUGGCAAAAAGGACGAUACUUUGAUCCCCAUCUCAGUCCAGUCACCCUCCACACCUACCGUCUUGUCAAACAGCAGUGCCUUCAAUGGCAUGGCUCCUACCGGAUCUUCAAAGUCCAACGCCUCCAUAUAUCAAGCUCUCACACCCCAUCCGCAGCCCAUCCAAACAAACGCCACCACCUUCUCCAACCACGUUGCAACCCCAUCCUCGCCUGACCUUCACCUCUUCGCGACCACGGGCGAGGGCACCGUCAAGAUCAUGUCUUACCCAUCCUUUGACACUCUGCACACUCUCCACGCGCACACCUCUGCCUGCAUGGCCAUCUCACUCGCACCGACGGGCCGCUACCUUGCAGUAGGUGGCAGCGACGCUCUGAUUUCGCUUUGGGACACGACGGAUUGGAUCUGUCGUCGAACACUAUCCAGCGAGAAUGGCGGGUCUAUUCGUGGCGUGAGCUGGAGUUUCGAUGGCCGCUUUAUCUGCGGUGCGUGCGAUGAGCCAUACUGUGGUGGGAACGGCCUCGAGAUUUUCCACGCCGAGACCGGAGAGAGCAUCUACACUAUUCCCACUGCCGGUGUACAUGUGGGCGUGCCUGCUGUUGCAUGGCACCCUUCAAGAUACUGGCUGGCUUACUCGACAACACAUGAUGGACCGGGAAGUGGUUCGGGAGGGUUGAAAAUUGUUGGCGCCGGUGGCGGUGCCUUGUAG